ACAUCCCAAAUAUGAACAUCGAAGUCCAAAGUUUUUGACCUUUAACCUAUUUCAAUCAAAAAACCCAACUUGGUUACUAUGUUGUUGAUGAGAGUGAUAUUGGUACUGUUGUUACCGUUUAUGCUUCUACUCCAACAAGGUAACAGCAGCACUACAACAAAUGCUUGUCCACCUUCUUCUUGUGGCAAAAUUUCCAACAUAAGUUACCCAUUUCGAUUACAAGAUGACCCCAAACACUGCGGAGAAAGCAGGUACGAACUAUCUUGUGAAAAUAAUGUGGCAACUUUAUAUUUGUAUUCGGGAAAAUAUUAUGUGCAAUCCAUCAACUACAACAAUUUCACAAUCCGAGUUGCUGAUCCUGGAGUCAUAGAAUAUAAUUUCAAUUUACUUCCACAUUAUUCAUUGUCUCGAUCUAAUUUCUGUGAUACCUAUAAUAACGACGAAAAUUGUACGGAUCCAUACCAUGCCGGUUACAGGGGCCAACUCUACAGUUCUGAAAACAAGCUUUUCGAGCACAUUGUUUACCUUAACUGUAGCCAUCCAGUACGUAACAAUCCUAAAUAUGUGAAUACUUCUUCCUGUCUCACUCAGGAGUCCAAAUCAAAAGGCUAUUAUAUUUAUGCUAUAGCUGGUCAUAUAACUGCUGAAGAUUUACAAGUUGGUUGUCAUGUGAAAUUUAUUACUCCCACUUCUUUGAAGGGUUUGCAAGGAAAUCAAGUAAUAUCAUAUGAUGAAAUACAAAAGGCAUUAGUGUAUGGAUUUGAGAUUUCAUGGUUGCGUCUUCCUUGUCAGAAUUAUUGUGAAAAGUCCGAGCUCUGUUACUUCGACACUACCACACAGAAACUUGGAUGCAAUGUGCACUAUUGCUUCACUCUUAUGGGAUUUUCAGAGAGUAAUAAUUGUGGGAAAUGGUCUCGGAUUGUUUUAUCAGCUAAAGAUAUCAUCAAAGUUUUCUGGAAUGGGCUUAAGCAAAAAGAGAAACAAUUUUACAGGGGUGGUGAGUUUCUUUAA